AUGGAGGAACCAGAAGUAUCUACAGCAUCACGUACCAAUUCAAUACGGCACCAACACAAGACACUGGUCUCUGGUGAGGACCAGGACAAUGCCUGGGACGCUGGUCCAGAGUGUUCAAUCUGCUUUUGUGCAUACGACAACACCUUCAAGACACCGAAGCUUCUCAAAUGUACCCAUACCUUCUGUCUGGAAUGUCUGUCUCGCUUUGUGACUAUUUCACCAGAGCAGGAGGGUACCCAGAUCACCUGCCCUCUUUGUCGGCGGUCAACAUCCCUGUCUGAGCACGGUCCUCCAGGUCUGGACACCAGCCAGGAAGUUUUGUGUCAACUUCCAAGCGACCAGCAACAAGUGGAGAAAGUUUAUCUAGAUGGAAAGAGGCUGUGCUACUCAAACCCUAUGAUACCCAACUGCGUCUGCAUUGACAUCGGGGAGCAUAAACCAGAGGAGACGCCGAGAAGAGAGGAGAGAAGAGAGGGAUGUGGACACAGACUGCUGCAAUUCUUGGGUUUUUAUGGAAACUGGAAGAGGCUUGUUGUCUUAAUAAUAGUGCUUCUUGUAGUCUUAUUCGUUAUACUGUGGCCCAUCCAGUGCUUUUUCUUCCCAAACUCCAUGUCACAAUGCUUCAGAAAAUCAUGA